UCGUUGUUAUUGGAUAUCCCCUCCGCCCUCCGAACAUAGCCUCCGACGCAGUUGUCAGGAAAACCUAAGCUAGUUUGUAAACACCGUCGACGGCAGGUUUUCUUGGAUAUUUUUAACAUCUCCCAGCCCUUGACAAUGAAGUUUAUGUACAAAGAAGAACAUCCCUUUGAGAAGCGACGGUCCGAGGGGGAGAAAAUCAGAAAGAAGUACCCGGACAGAGUGCCUGUGAUCGUUGAGAAAGCUCCCAAAGCCAGAAUAGGAGAUCUGGAUAAGAAGAAAUAUCUUGUCCCUUCUGACCUCACAGUGGGGCAGUUCUACUUCCUCAUUCGGAAAAGGAUCCACUUGAGGGCCGAAGAUGCCCUCUUCUUCUUUGUCAAUAACGUCAUUCCUCCCACAUCAGCCACCAUGGGGUUGCUCUACCAGGAGCACCAUGAAGAAGAUUUUUUCCUUUACAUUGCCUACAGUGAUGAAAGCGUCUAUGGGGACGUUUUGAGAGAUGUGUAAUGAAUAUACUUGCCCCACGAUACCCCUCUUUAAAAUAAAAUGAUCAAUACGUUAGGCCACACAAAGUGUACAUGUUAAAUGCACUUUCAUAUCCUCUUCCUUUUCUAUUUAUGAAAUCGUGUUAUGCUGCCUGCAUAUUGUUCCUUCCUAGCUAAGAGUUCCGCCCUCAUUCUUGCUUUUAGGCCUGAUACUUUGUCCUGGUCUGUUUCAGUAAAUUAGUGGUACUCAUAUCCGUAAUAGCUUUGUCAAUGUUCUACACUUCUCCUUUCAACUUUUCUCACUUUCCUUUGGCACCAACAUGCAUCCUGAAGUCACUUUGUUUGGUUUGAUUUUGUUUUUAGCUACCAUAUUUGCACAGACCAAAAUCACUGAUAAUACUGGACUAUCACACCAUGUAAUGUGUAUGUGUGCGAGUGUGUUUGUGUAUCAUUGCCAAUUAUUAUUUUUCAAUGGGUUUGGAUUGCUGUUUAUUUGAAUAAAUUGGUGAAAAGAUUAAAAAGUUUGUUUUCAGUUGUCAUAAUGUAAGAGGCUGCUUGUCUUUUCUCAGUUGUACCGUUAUCAUUAUAAAGGUUAAAGUUUAUGACUUGGUUAUUUUUGUUAUGGAUUGGUGUGUUUUGUUCCUUUUCCCCUAAAAGCUCCAUCUGAAACUUGCCACUGUUAUAAACCUGAUGUAAAAAUCC